CACUACAAUAAGGGAUAGAGCUGCCGGUGUCGGGUGCAUGCUUAUAGGAAACGAACCGUCAAGGCACCUGUCCAUUUUCAAGUUAGGCAACAUAUACUCGUCGCAAGACUGAUUUGAUCCAAUAGCCUCGUCCACAGGGACUGUGUUGGGCAGAAAGGGUUAAUGGUAGGCAAGAAAACAUUGAACGCGCGACUGAGAGACAGGUCGGUCUUUGUCGACAUAGGACGUGAAGCUAUCUCCAUACACCAGUCGGAAAACAUAAAACCGCUACGUAUUGCUGCUGGUAGGAACUGCUCUUGCCCAAAACACAACUACAGAGAGUGCAACAAUGGCCAACGUACCCACCACAACCUUAGGAGAGCUGACCACGACCGAAAAGACAUAUGGCAGCGAGUUGGAACGGUUCUUUGCUGAUGAUCACAACAAGGCUAUGUACCUUGUCCUCCCCUGCAUUGUGCUGGUGUAUGGUGGUUGUGGUGUCAUCUACUGCUGUAGCCGCAUAAGACGCUAUUUCCAGAGAGAGAAACGGCGUAAGCGACGGGAAAUGUUGGCAGUUCAGAAUGGAGGCUACGAUGACCAAGAUGUAUCUCCCCCUCAGAAUCAGCCCUUCACUAGUGCUGCUCCUCCAAACCCAGCUGCUCCAAAACCAACUGCUCCCUAUUACAACCAAGGACAGCAAUGGAAGGCCGAAGACUGCUUGGCGCUGGAGGUAUCGGAGAUAGACAAUCAGCUCAAGCAAGCAUUCGCUAUGAUUGAUGACGUCACCAAAGACAUCAAGAACAAACGCACGUUUGAGAACCGAUCGAAACCGGACAUCGCUCGUCAAGCCGGCGAAAACGAUGCAGAGAUCAGAAAAAAAAGAAGGUACAAGUACAAGCAUUUCACCAGUGCUAAUUAGCAACGGCGAAUAGCUGUUUCAAUUUUCGGAAUGAGUCUCUUUAAAAAGAUGCUACAAAGUGGAACUGCUCAUAUGAAUCUGUUAUAAAGAAGCCUUUAAAAUCUACAUUUCUUAUUCUAUGUCACAGCUGUACUGGUAUUAGUUUAUAUGUUAUGUUGUUGUUGACGUUACAGCCAUAGGAACAAUUCAGUUGUGCAUCCUCUAAAACAGUUGUGCAGAGGCUGCAUUACGUGAGAUUUAUAUUUCACAUCCACUAGGUUAGCUUCAGCUUUACCUUGUUUGAUCAUUAAACUGCUGAAAUACGAGGGUUGGUUGAUAAGCUCUAAACCUCAUAUAAAAGGAAUUGCGAAGUAGUUCCAUCUUUUGUUGAAACUUGAGUUCACUGAGUCUAAUAUCGUAAGCAAGCAUCUGGGACCAUUAGAAAAAGGAAAUCCGGAAGAACAUGCCGGAGAGAGCCUUGAAGAAAAGCGCCGUCCUGGUGGGACCCCAGAAAUUACAGGCGAAUGACCGUGCAUCAUAUUGAUAGUUCAGUAUAUGUUUACCAGUAGAGACUACAUCCCAUUGUCACAGAAACUUUGGCAAUGAAGAACGUAUGAGCUCUGCGAUUUGAUUAUAACGCACCAUGCACAACAUGUCUCAUGACAAUCUGAAUGUUUGAUUGUUCCUGGAACGAUUUGUGACUGUGGAUGAAACCUGGGUUCACCACUUCCAGCCUCAUUGUCCAAACAGUGAAAGCUAUUGAUAUCACCACUAUCAAGAAGGCAAAAACUGUCCCAUCAGCAGGCUAAGAAACUUGGGGGGGGGGGAGAAAAGGUAUGCUCUUCCGUCAGGACAAUGCUCCAGUUUUUAAAUCAAUCAUCGUCGUGGCUGCAAAUCCACGAAUUUGGCUUUGAACUUCUUCUGCACCCUGAUCUGACUUGAACUAUGACGUCAUAGCAGCUUCGGAGAACAUAAACAUAGUUGGCAAACGUGUAUCAAUGUGGAAGGGGAUUAUAUUGGGCAGGUCAAGCCGUUCUAUCAAUCAACCCUCGUAGCAGAUUUACUUCAAGUUUGAAUUUUGUUAUUGACAUACACAAUGGCUUUUGUUAUAUUUGAAACAAACCGUCCAAUUCUAAAAAAAACUGUGUUGUUACAAGUACAAGUCACGUGUGUGUUACGUGUACAUGUGUGUUCAUGUCUAGUUUUAUAUCACAGUGAACACCAGUUAUAUAUCUUUAGAUUUGAGUCACUUUCACGUUUCACCAUUCAAUCAUAUUUGUAAUUGUUGACAAGGAAGUUGGAUCUGUCCUGUGCUGCAACAAAAACAUCUAAUCUGAACGUGUACUCUUCAUCUUUAGACGUCUGAUAAAGUCUCGUUCUGAGUUGUUCAAACACGGCAUUCAUUGACAAUGUACUCAUCAAUGUGUCAAUGUGAGAAAUCACGACGGUAACUAUUUUGAUUAUGAAUUAAUCCAUUGUGGCUUACAUUAUAUUAAAUCGGUUCAACUCCUAUACCAGUGACCCAUUCUUAAAAAUUCUGUUUUGUUCAGCCGUAAUAGGCCAAUCUAGAUAGGUAUUCGUAAGUGCCUUAAGCCUGAUAUGUCCUUAAAAUGUGUAAAUAUUGACAAAAUGCUCAACUCAUGUAUUUUAUAGCAGAAAUAUUUUUUUGUCUCGCCUCUCGUUUUCACAUACCCUUUCUAUGCUCCAGCAGUUGACAAUUGUUGAAUAUGUUUUGACAAGAAAUGCCUUUCUUUUCUCCCAAUGUAACAUAUAUUUAUACAUGUUGUUGUUUUACAUGGAGGCGGUAUUUUUAAAUAAUUUACAAACAAAUUCAAAGUGCAUGUUGGUUGGUUGAAUGUUCUAUUUUAUUUGUAUUGGCUAUUGUUUAUUUGUUUGAGACAACAACACCUUAAGAUAUUGUUGACAUGUCAUUAUAUAACUUCCACACCUGUAGCUCCUUCAUUGUAAUUUUCAUGUCGUGUAGUGUACAUUCAGGCGAAUCAAGCAACAGCCUCAUCGUAUCAAACUACCAUGUUUGUUUGGGUACCUUUAGACAACACUUACUGUAGAUAACAAAUAACUUCAUUCGGGCGGUAAUACAACUUUCUUAAGUUGCUUUAGCAUUUUCAGAUAUAAAAUAGUAACAUGAUCCAUUGUGUAGAUUAAUUCUUAUAUGUAGAUAUAUUUGUUUACACCUCAUGCCAUUUAGAACAGUUUCUUAAAAGCAAAUAUUCAUAGGUGAAUUUUAAUGUGAAGCAAUUUACGAAAAGGUGAAAUGAUUACCACCGUAUUUCAAAUUAUACUGCAAAUUGUACAGUAUCGACCGUUGAUUAACCCCGACAGAUUAAUAAAAUCCAGAAUGUGUGUAUUAAAGCAAAAUGUGAUAUUUCCAAUAAACUUGCUGCUGACGAAUGUAAUAUUGCAUAGAUACGUCUGUAUUAUUCCAGGAUAUUGCACCGAUUGUUGUUCUUUUUAAACGUUGCUGUUAAAUACAACUGUAUCCUGAAA